GCGGGGCUCGCCCCAAUUCUUGUAUGGUCCAGCAAUUGCAAGCUUAUUAUGAAGUUGCUUAGUAUCUUUGCUCUCUUUGUCUCUUUGAUAUAUGCUGUUCAGGGCCAACCAUAUCGUGGAACUGUUCGACUUGUUAGAAGUGGAAGUUUCUCAUCAUCUUAUACAGCUGGAAUAGUUCAGAUUUAUUACGGUUCAAAUUCUUCCAGCAACAGUUGGGGCAAUAUUUGUUUUGAUAGUUCAUUUGGUAGCACUGAAGCUAAUGUCAUUUGUAACCAGUUGGGGUAUAAUGGAGCAUCAACCUAUGGUAGUGCUGGUAGCACAACAAGCUAUGGAACUGAUACUGCAGCUACAGCCCUUAAUGAUGUGAACUGUGCCAAUAGUAACUAUUUGACACUCCAGCAAUGUAACCUUUCAACAGUUAUCAAACCUUCUUGUAUCAGUGACAACGAAGAUCUUUAUGUAUCAUGCCAAACUACUAGAAUCUGGGACAGUCCAGAUUUUUCUGGACAGAUUCGUCUACAAGGAGGUACUUAUUCAAGUUAUGGUAGACUGGAAGUAUAUUGUAAUGGAGAGUGGGGUACAGUAUGUGCAGAUAGCUUUGGUCCAACUGGUGCUAGAACUGCCUGCCGUCAGUUAGGAUACAGUGAUUACAGCACAUAUAAUACAAAUGUCCCUGGGUCUAGCUCUCAACAUACUUGGUUCGAAAAUCUCGCUUGUAACAGCAGUUCAAAUUGUCUUGGUACUUGUGAAUCUUGUCCUACUACACAAAUAAGUUUCUGUGGCACUGGUAGUAGAGAUGUGGCUUUAGGAUGUGAAUUUGAUAGUUCAUAUGCUACAUCCAACAAUACACCAAGCACCUGUGAAUAUGCUGGCUCUCGAAGACCAGAUCGUGGAACUGUUCGACUAUUUAGAAACGGAGUUUUCUCAUCAUCUUAUUCAGCUGGAAUAGUUGAGAUUUAUUAUGCUGGAAGUUCUUACCGUAGCUAUUGGGGUAACAUUUGUGAUGAUAGUUCAUUUGGUUAUAGUGAAGCUAAUGUCAUUUGUCAUCAGUUGGGGUAUAAUGGAGUAUCAACCUAUGGUAGAGCUGGUAGCACAACAAGCUAUGGAACUGAUACUACUUCUACAACUGUUGAUGAUGUUGACUGUGCCAGUAGUAGCUAUUUGACACUGGAGCAAUGCACCCUUUCAAUUAUUAUUAAAUCCUCUUGUAUCAGUAACAGUGAAGAUGCAUAUGUAUCAUGCUAUACUACUAGAAUCUGGAAUAAUCCUUAUCCUGGACAGAUUCGUCUACAAGGAGGUACUUAUUCAAGUUAUGGUAGACUGGAAGUAUAUUGUAAUGGACAGUGGGGUACAGUAUGUGAUGAUAGCUUUGGCUCAGCUGAUGCUAGGGCUGCCUGCCGUCAGUUAGGAUACAGUGAUUACAGCACAUAUACUGGAAAUCUUGCUGGGUCUAGCUCUCAACCUAUUUGGUUGGACAAUGUCAUUUGUAGUAGCAGUUCAUACAGUUGUCUUGCUACUUGUGAAUCUUGUCCUGCUACACAAUAUCAUAACUGUGGACACAGUCAAGAUGUGGCUUUAGGAUGUGAAUUUGAUAGUACUUAUACUACAUCCAGUAAUUCACUGAGUACCUGUCAAUAUGCAGACCCUUCAUCAUCAGGUUUUGGUGUUCCUCUGUCUGGAGCUCUUAUACUGGCAAGAAAUGGAGUCUAUUCAUCUUCAUUUACUUCCGGUCGUGUGGUUGUAUACGGUAUUGGUUCUUCUACCUCAUCUUCCCUCUUUUGGGGUAACGUGUGUCGACGUACUUCCUUCAGUUUGAAUGCAGCUCAUGUGAUCUGUCACCAGCUGACCUUUAGUGGGGCCUCCACUUGGUCUUAUUCUGGUAUAGACUCUAAUCUCUUUGGAGUUGAUACUAAUCGUACUCUACUUGAUGAUGUUAGCUGCUCUAAUUCAAGAUACCUGACGCUCUUUCAGUGCACAGUUAGUACAUUUAUCAGUUCACUGUGUACGGAUGCUGAUGAUAUAUCAGUAACUUGCUAUACAACUCGUAUAUGGAGCAGUCCUUAUACUGGUCAGCUCCGUCUGACCGGUGGUAAUUACACUAACGAGGGGCUCAUUGAAGUUUAUUGUAACGGGGCCUGGGGGACUGUCUGUGAUAAUACCUUCUCGGCUACAGCAGCAAGGAUCGUGUGCCGACAGUUAGGAUAUAACAGUUAUUACAGAUAUAACACACUACCAAUUGUUGGUGAUACACCUCAGUCAAUAUGGUAUAACAGUCUUAGUUGUUCUUCAACCUAUUCUUGUCUUUCCUCGUGCCAGUCCUGCCCCAGUAGUUCCAGUACUACUUGUGUUCAUGCUGAAGAUGUCACUAUAGUCUGCUAUUCUUCGUCUACAAGCAGUUCAACUACAGUCACUACCAGCACAUGCCAAACAACUUCCAGUAGUGACUCAGAUGGACUCAGUGGUGGUGCUAUUGCUGGUAUUGUCAUUGGAGUUAUUGUGUUCAUUGGACUUGUGAUGUUCUUCUCUGGAAGUGCCCAGAAAAAAAAGAAAGAAAGACAGCGGGCAGCAUUGGCAGCAGCAGCUGCUCAAGCGACUGUAGAACUAACGAAUGCUCAAGUAGUCCCCACCCCCAAUCCACUCACACAUCAACCAGCUCCAGAGCCUCCACCCACUACCAAUCAAGAGCCUCCUCCUUCUUACGCAGGAGCAGCUGCUGUCACUCAAGAAGUAAAGGAGUAUAAUGAUGAGAAGAGUCCUUACCCACCUCCCGGGCCUAACCCAGAACCCUCUGCCCCCUCCUUUGCUCCUCCCCCUCCGUUUGCCCCAUACCCCCCAACCAAUACGGGUUACCCCCCUGAUCCUGCUUAUCCUCCCACUGGUGGAUAUUAUCCUCCUAAUCCAUACCCCACACCAUAUCCUACUGUGUCUGGGUAUCCACCUGCUACUUACCCAGCUGCUCCUCCUCCUGAUACAAGACCAGAUCCACCUCCUUAUAAUGAAGCUCCCUAUCCUCCAGCCCCAUAUUAAUAUUAAUAAAGAAUUUUUAUGACAUUCUUUUAUUAUUUAUUUGUUGUGAUGUACAAGUGCCGGUUGCAUGUAUAUAAUUAAUCUAUGAUAGCCUGUAAAGUUGUUUUUGUUCAUAUAAGUUUUUAAAGCACAAUUUUGUAUAAUUUUUUGCAGUCUAAAUAUCCAAGAUCCUUCACGUUUUGG